CCCCGGCCCUUCCCCACGAUUUCUGGGGUCGGGCCCCCGCCCUCCCUGCGGGGUAUUUCUGGUGGUGUGGUGUUUGAGUUGGAAAGGCGAUCCGUUCCCUUGGCCUCAGGCGGCAGGUGACGAAGUGUCCUUCUCCAAGCCCCCGAGAGAAGCUUCGUGGACUUUAAUUAGCGCCCCUGGAAGGCUGGGAGCAUCUUUCCGUCAGUGGUGUGAAGGACAAGUGUUACUCUGACGGCCUCGUUCACACCUUUAAUUGUCGUUCGCUGUUAAGCCAUUCUGGGAGGAUUAUUGUAUGUCAGUCAUUUGGAUUCGGGCUGAGGAGGUCAAGCACCUGUUCAUGUCUCUUGGCCAUUUGGGUUUGUGUUUUUUUCCACUAUCGCACUUUUUAAAGCAGUAAUUAAAAUACAGUUUUAGUAAUCUGCUAUGGAAUUUCCAGGAAUCCUGAAACCAUGGAUCACCCAUAUAUGCGUUGAGACGUGCUUUGGAUGUUUUUUCCUGGAAGCCUUGCAACUACCCUAAAAAUUGAAUGUAUUGUGGAACAGACCUAUGGCCCGUGGUGGCAGAGUCUGCAUAGAACUAUGCUCCGUGGUAUUCUGGGGAAAACCUUUCGCCUUGUUGGCUACACUAUCCAGUACGCCUGCAUAGCUCACUGUACUUUUGAAUACGUUGGUGGUGUUGUCAUGUGUUCUGGACCAUCAAUGGAGCCUACAAUUCAAAAUUCAGAUAUUGUCUGUGCAGAAAAUCUUAGUCGACAUUUUUAUGGUAUCCAAAGAGGUGACAUUGUGAUUGCAAAAAGCCCGAGUGAUCCAAAGUCAAAUAUUUGUAAAAGAGUAAUUGGUUUGGAAGGAGACAAAAUCCUCACCAGUCAUCCAUCAGAUUUCUUUAAAAGCCAUAAUUACGUGCCAACAGGUCACGUCUGGUUAGAAGGUGACAACCUACAGAAUUCUACAGAUUCCAGGUACUAUGGACCUGUUCCCUACGGACUAAUAAGAGGACGCAUCUUCUUUAAGAUUUGGCCCCUGAGUGACUUUGGAUUUCUGCGUGACAGCCCUAAUGGCCACCGAUCUCCCGGUGAUUAGCGAGCCUUUCUUCUUCUGACUUGAUUACUGUCUCCUGCUCAAGUGACUUUAUUAUUGCCACUGAAACCAUGUAUUUACUAAUAAACUAUUUGCUAUUCAGUUUA